GACACUACAAAAUUGACAAGUAUUCGAUACCUACCAAAUGACUUAGUCAAUAAUGCAGUAAUAAAUAAAUAUUUCCUUUCCUUAACAUUCCAUCGCAAUAAAACAAUAUAAAUCCGAAAAUGGAGGAUAUGGCGCGUUUAGCCCUAGUCGAGCAAAAUAUUAAAGACACCAAUAAGUUCAACGAAAUACUUCAAGAACUCUUGCAACUUAUCAACUAUAUUUUAGAUAAUCCUCACGAAAAUGAAAUAAGAACGAUUAAAAGUGAUACGCUCAAAAAAUUGCUAAAUUGCGAAGCUUUCAGUGAUUAUCUUAAAUACAUUGGAUUUCAAACAGGGCAAAAUGAAUUUACAUUUCCUAAAGAACAAACAUUAAACAAGCUGAGAGUUGCCCAGGCGGCAUUAGAAAGAAAAAUAAGUUUCUGCUAUGGACCUUUUAAAAAUAGCAGAGCAGCUGGACUACCGAGCUAUUUGCCUCACAGAAAAAAAAUACAAUUGACACCAGCCAAUGUACUGGAAACGGAUAAUCAAUUGUUACUAAAGAUUCAAACUCUAUUUAAUGAUAUGAUAAAAUACGAAGAUGAAGAACUGCAACAGACAGCGAGGGAACAUAUCCCAUUAGUAACAUUGCAAUUAAUGGCACUGGAUAGGAUGAGAGAACAACAAAGGAAAAUCAAAACGGGUGAACUUAAAGGUCACGAUAUGUCGUUCGACAUAGCUCUGCUGAUGGAGUUGUUGGGUUGGUUCAAGCACAAGUUUUUCACCUGGGUCGAUCGACCUCCAUGCGACAGCUGCGGAGGCGAUACUCAGUUCGUGAAGACAAUAUCAAUGAAAACUGAAACAGAAACGUGCAGAGUUGAGCUGUACAAGUGCGCGUCGUGCGGCGCGGACGCUCAGUUCGCGCGCUACAACGAGCCGCGCACGCUGCUGCGCACGCGCCGCGGCCGCUGCGGGGAGUGGGCCAACUGCUUCACGCUGCUGUGUCGCGCGCUCGGGUACGACACGCGAUACGUGUACGACACCACCGACCACGUCUGGUGCGAGGUUUUCGACUACGAAUCAAACGGCUGGCUUCAUGUGGACCCGUGUGAAGGUGUUCUCAACACCCCGCUCAUGUACUCCCACGGCUGGGGCAAGAAGCUGACCUACGUCUUUGCCUUCUCCAGAGACGACCUGCAAGACGUUACCUGGCGGUACACUUCCGAUCACAAAGAGGUGCUGCGGCGGCGCGCGGCGGGCGCGGCGGGCGCGGGGGGCGCGGCGGGCGAGGCGGCGCUGGUGGCGGCCGUGCUGGCGCUGCGCGCGCGGCGCCACGCGCAGCUGUCCGCGCCGCGCCGCACCUACCUCGCCGCGCGCGCGCUGCGGGAGCUGGUCGACCUCAUGCGCGAGAGAAAACCUACAGACUACGAAUCACACGGUCGCAUAUCCGGAUCUAAAGAAUGGAGAACGGCCCGUGGUGAGAGCGGAACGGUAUCCGGUCACGUUUUCCAGUUCGAGGUACCGGGUGAACACACUGUCCAGUACAGCACCGGUCCAGACAUAUACCGGAUAACUAGCAACGGUGUAGAAUUGGAACCGAUUAAAACCUGGGCGGCUGGAGUGUUUCAGUGCGAUAAUGUCUUCAGAAAGGUCGAAAAGGAUUGGAAACAAGUAUAUUUGGCGAGAGAAGAAGGAGAAGAGACCGGCUCAGCGUCUUGGAAGAUAGCGACUGAGGGAGAAAAUUUGGAGUUCGAUUCGUUAGUCAUUGAGUUGACUACUGCCAUUUACGAGGACGGCAAGAUCGAUUGGACGAUACAGUUCGACAACGAUACGCCCAUAUCGGCUGAAUUAGGGGAGGCCCCGGCGCGGUUCUCGCGCCGCUUCCGGCGCGCCACGCUGCGCGCGCGCCUGCGCGGCGGGCGCGGCGCCGCGGCCUGGCAGCACGCGCAGCUGUUCCGCCAGCCGCUGGCCGCCGCCGCCGCCGCCGCCGCCGCCGCCGCCCCGCUGCGCCUCAGCGCGCGCCUCGUCGCCGAGUAGCCGCGCUGCAGCGAA